AUGAAACUGAUCCUUCUCGCCCUUCUGCCUGUGGCAGUAGCCCAAGAAUUCUACACGAAUGAUGGAUGGUCCAAGCCAGACGAUGACCGGCUCAACUCCGCGUGCAAGAAUAACCAAGGGUGGGGCUAUGUCUGCGGUUAUUACGCGACCAGUAGCCAUCAAAAUGCAUUCCCUGAUGCCUUUCCUAUUCCUCGCUGGGGUUGUCAUAAUGCAGACAAGUUUAUGAAAGGAGUUUGCACAUGGAAAAAAGCCUCGGGAAUGAUUCUUUGCUGUCCCCCCUAG